GGAAGUGGGCGUCCUUCUGCCCGGAAGGCGCGAGAGUUUGUGGCGGCGACAAAAAAUGCUUGGAGCUAAAGCAGGCUACCUACUGCCCACGGACUGCGCGCGCCGGCUGUUGGCGGAGCUGCAGGGCGCUCUGGACUUCUGCGCUGAACGGCAGCGGCAGUUGGAGCGGAGCCUGCGCGUUUCCAGGCGGCUGCUGCAGGUCUGGGAACCAGCCAGGUCCCCAUCUCCAGAGGCAGAAACCAAAGAAGAGGACCCAACUCCAGCAUGCACACCGAGUGCUGAAGACCUCAAGGAACUAGAGCUUCUGACACAGGCCCUGGAGAAGGCUGUACGCGUGAGGAAAGGCGUGUCUAAGGCUGGACAAAGAGACAGAACCCCCAGCCUGACAUCUAAUGCAGCCACUGCCGCUGCCCAUUCCCAGGCUCCCAGCCAGGCUGGCAGCCUUGCAUCAGGUACAAGAUCUACCAAGGACAUACAGUGGACCACAGUCCCUGCCAAGGACUACCCUGAGGGCAGACUUCCGCCAAGGGGAGAUAGGACCCGUGUGAGAACACAAGCCCAAGCUCCCAGAUCUGGACCAGGCCUCAGGAACCAACAGAUGACCCCAUCGGCUGUUCCUCGUGCCACAGAACCCUUCACACUAAAGGAGAAGGGGACUCUCCUGCAACUACCUGUGGCCUUCAGGAAGGCAGCUUCCCAGAAUUCCCGCCUGUGGGCCCAGCUCGGCUCUGGACACACCAAUGACUCCACGGAUGCCGCCAGCGCCGCCAAAACUCAGUUCCUCCACAAACUCCAGAUGGCUUCAGGUUGUCCCAGCCAUAGGCCCGGUGCUGCAGAGGUGAGGGCGCAUGCCCAGAGCCUGAGGAAGGCCUGUAUGCUGCUGAGACUCCAUAUGCAGAAGAAACUUUCAACAGCCCCCACUGACUGGAUGCAGGAGUACGGAUGCCUGCUCACCCUGGAAGGACUGCAGACCAUGGUUGGACAGUGCCUCAGCAGCAUCCAGGUGCUGCAAGCAGCUAUGACCGAACAACCGCCAGGACCAUGCCUUGUGGAGAAGCCCACUCAGGCUUUAUCACUUUGUGGAGAAGUGGACUCUUUCUGGUGCCCUGAGCUCCUUAUCUACUCUAGCACCAAGGAGCUGCAGACCUUGGCAACCUUGAAGCUUCAGGUGGCCAUGCUGGACCAGCAGAUCCACCUGGAAAAGGUUCUGAUGACUGAACUCCUCCCUCUGAUAAACACCCAGGAACCACGAGGACCGCCUUGGCUGGCGCUGUGUCGGGCAGCAUACAGUCUUCUCUGUAAAGGAGGCGAGGACUUCCUCACAGUCCUUCGAGAUGACCCUGCUGACUAAACAGUCUGGUCAGACUAGCGUCUCUGGGAGAGCCCCCUCUUCUCUGCUGGAGUGUAGUGAACAGGGGUUGAGGGAGAUGUUCCUGUUUGGGGGAGCUAAGAGCACAGAGAAACCUGUAACCCACUGGGAAAGCUGGGGGGCCAGGCAUACCCACCACCAGUUCCUCUUAGUCAGGGCUCAGCUUUCUACCUUCCUAGGGGAGUCUUCCUUGACCACCUCUGCUUUUUCUCACUGUGGACCUACAGACUAGUAUGAUACUAGAACUGCUUCAGGAAGUGUAUGUAUUUAAAUUGUAUCAUAGUAGGGCUUGGCAAGGAGCUUUCUGUAUUCUUGUUUCCUUCUUUGUGGUUUUUAAGAAUUGUAUCAAUUAGCUGGAGGGCUGUGGCACAAGCAGGGGAAUGGCUGUGAGUUCAAAGCCAGCCUGGUUCCAGGGCUACACAGAGAAACCCUGUCUCAAAACCUAAGUAAGUAAGUAAAUGAAGACAGCAAGAGAAAAAGAGAAUUGCAUCAAUUAAGGGGCUUGGUGCAUACCUGUAACCCCACUGGAGAGGCUGAGGCAAGAGGAUCCCAAGUUUAAGGCCAGCCUGAAACCCUGUCAGUUAAAUAAAGGAAAGAACAUAUUAAGCAAAAA